AUGCUUCGCCACGGCGGCAUGAGCGAGAUGGUGCAGCAUCUUCCCCCGCCACCGAGCACGGAGCUCACCAUGUUUGCAGAGGAUUUGCCCCUGCAGCUCCACGCUCAGGUUGCUACAGCAGGCCAAGCCUUCAGCUUUGGCUUCGACGACGACGACGACGAUGACCAUGUUGAUGAUGACAGCAGCAGCACAGACUCCUUUGACGUGCAGGAUGAGAUUAACCGGCAGCUACUCAAGCUGGAACAAAUGAAGCGCUUAAACCACAACAGCUACAGCACCAACAAUCACAACGGCAGCAGCAGCAACACGAACCAAACCAUCAGCACCAGCACCAGCACCAAGCGCCACCGCUGA